CUUUUUUAAGUGAAAUUUACCCACUUUAGAAGCCUUUAUAAAGACUUGAAGUCAUUUAAUAAUUUCUACAAACAAUCAAAUAUAAUUUACCAACAUUUCUGAAAGUGGACACAGCGUUUGGGAAUGAAACUCUUCUUAUGUUUCCCCCUCUGAGCUCAGAGUAGAUGAGAGAUGUAAUGUUUGUCUCUGUUGAAGUCCAAUCAAGCAGGAGAGACCAGCCUCCCCUGUUCCCAGCUGUGUGUCCAUGAAGAGUGACCGGUCUAUGGGUCUACCUAUAUACUUUAGAGAGGGAGACUUUUCUACUGAACAAAGUGUGGAACAUGGUGGAGAGAACACAAUGAAACCUGGACUUAGAAAAUAUGCCUGUGAUCUCACACUGGACCCAAACACAGUAUUCAGAUACUGCUUUCUGUCUGAGGGGAACAAAAAGGUGACACAUAUGGGGAAGUACCAUCCGUAUCCUGAUCACCCAGAGAGAUUUGAGCACUGUGGAGAGGUGCUGUGUAGAGAGAGUCUGACUGGGCGCUGUUACUGGGAGGUAGAGUGGAGUGGGGGAGAGGCUGAUAUAGGAGUGGCAUAUAAAGGAAUCAGCAGGAGAGGAGAGUUUAAUGACUGUUAUCUUGGAUACAAUGACAAGUCCUGGAGUCUGCGCUGCUCUGACAACAGUUACAUUGCCUGGCACAAUAAUAACUUCACUACCAUAGACAUCCCCUCCUCCAGCCCCUACAGAGUAGGAGUGUAUCUGGACUGGCCAGCCGGCACUCUGUCCUUCUACAUAGUCUCCUCGGACACACUGACCCACCUGUACACAUUCCACACCACAUUCACUGAACCCCUCUAUCCAGGGUUUCAUCUUUGGGGUUGUGGCGUCUCAGCGUCCUUUGUCAGGUGAUUCUGAAUAACAAUGACCUGAAGGAUUCAGGAGUGAAGCUGCUCUCUGCUGGACUGGGGAAUCCCCACUGUAAUCUGGAGACUCUGAGUGUGGAACAUGGUGGAGAGAACAGAAUGAAACCUGGGCUUAGAAAAUAUGCCUGUGAUCUCACAUUGGAUCCAAACACAGUAUUCAGAUACUGCUUUCUGUCUAAGGGGAACAAAAAGGUGACACAUAUGGGGAAGUACCAUCCGUAUCCUGAUCACCCAGAGAGAUUUGAGCACUGUGGAGGGGUGCUGUGUAGAGAGAGUCUGACUGGGCGCUGUUACUGGGAGGUAGAGUGGAGUGGGAGGGGAGAGGAAGAGUGGAAAGGGAGAAGGGUUGAUAUAGGAGUGACAUAUAAAGGAAUCAGCAGGAGAGAAGGGGUGAUGACUGUUGGCUUGGAUACAAUGACAAGUCCUGGAGUCUGCGCUGCUCUGACAACAGUUACUCUGCCUGGCACAAUAAGAAUUCCACUACCAUAGACAUCCACCUCUCCAACUCCCACAGAGUAGGAGUGUAUCUGGACUGGCCAGCCGGCACUCUGUCCUUCUACAUAGUCUCCUCGGACUCACUGACCCACCUGUACACAUUCCACACCACAUUCACUGAGCCCCUCUAUCCAGGGUUUCAUCUUUGGGGUCGUGACGCCUCAGCGUCCCUUUGUCAGGUGGUCCCUGUGUCAAACACAACAUGAUGUUUCACUCUAAUCAGUGUCAUGUUCAGUAAGACACACUGGAGCAACAAUGUAAAAUAUCUCUCUAGUGUGUUAACCUCUCUAUCCAGGGUGUUUGGUAUGAAUAUCUCUCUAGUGUGUUAACCUCUCUAUCCAGGGUGUUUGGUAUGAAUAUCUCUCUAGUGUGUUAACCUCUCUAUCCAGGGUGUUUGGUAUGAACAUCUCUCUAGUGUGUUAACCUCUAUCCAGGGUGUUUGGUAUGAAUAUCUCUCUAGUGUGUUAACCUCUCUAUCCAGGGUGUUUGGUAUGAAUAUCUCUCUAGUGUGUUAACCUCUCUAUCCAGGGUGUUUGGUAUGAACAUCUCUCUAGUGUGUUAACCUCUCUAUCCAGGGUGUUUGGUAUGAAUAUCUCUCUAGUGUGUUAACCUCUCUAUCCAGGGUGUUUGGUAUGAAUAUCUCUCUAGUGUGUUAACCUCUCUAUCCAGGGUGUUUGGUAUGAAUAUCUCUCUAGUGUGUUAACCUCUCUAUCCAGGGUGUUUUGGUAUGAAUAUCUCUCUAGUGUGUAAACCUCUCUAUCCAGGGUGUUUGGUAUGAAUAUCUCUAGUGUGUUAACCUCUCUAUCCAGGGUGUUUGGUAUGAAUAUCUCUCUAGUGUGUUAACCUCUCUAUCCAGGGUGUUUGGUAUGAAUAUCUCUCUAGUGUGUUAACCUCUCUAUCCAGGGUGUUUGGUAUGAAUAUCUCUCUAGUGUGUUAACCUCUCUAUCCAGGGUGUUUGGUAUGAAUAUCUCUCUAGUGUGUUAACCUCUCUAUCCAGGGUGUUUGGUAUGAAUAUCUCUCUAGUGUGUUAACCUCUCUAUCCAGGGUAUGACUCCUCUUCAGUGUCCCUGUGUCAAACACAACAUGAUGAUUCAAUCUAUUCUUUUGUGUUUAUUUAACCUUUAUUUAACUAGACAAGUCAGUUAAGAACAAAUUCUUAUUUUGCAAUGACUUCCUUCCCCGGCCCAACCCUCCUCUAACCCAGAUGAUGCUGGGCCAAACCCUCCCCUAACCCAGAUGAUGCUGGGCCAAACCCUCCCCGAACCCAGACGAUGCUGGGCCAAUUGUGUUGCCUUUCCCGAUCGUUAUUGUUUCUGUUGAGAUACAGCCUGGGAACGAACCAGGGUCUGUAGUGACACCUCUAACUCUGAGAUGCUGUGCCUUAGACCGCUGCACCACUCAGGAGCACUUGGGUGUGUUACCUUUGACUUUACCAGUAAUUUACUGAUGUAAUGGAACACUGAUGUAAUGGAACACUAAGUGGUCUGAAGGGGAUGCUAUGCUACAUCUGUAUGUUAAACCCUUUACUGGGAAGUUGUGUCUGAGUUUCAUUAGUGGUCUGAAGGGGAUGAGAUGCCAACAUAUUUAUCUCUCAUACAUCCCACUUAUACUCGGCCCACUUACUCACCCACACACAUAGAGGUUGGAGACUUGGAGCACAGUGUCGACCACAGGCCCUGGAGCAGUGUAGUGCCCUGCUCAACCACACUGUCAUUGGUGUGUGUGUGGUGCAGGUAAGACAUCUUUCUACUGAUAAUUAGUAUUCCUCAUCACUGUCUCUAUUCCCCUGUGGCUCAGUUGGUAGAGCAAGGGGUUAGCAACAUCAGGGUUGUGGGUUUGACUCCCACAGGGGACAAGUACUAAAAUGUAUCACUAACUACUGUGAGUUGUGCUGGAUAAGAGCUUAUGAUGAAUGACUGGAAUAUAUCAUGUAUUUACUUCCUGUUUAUUUCCAUGGUAACAGAAUGUAUCUCUCGAUGUAGCCAUAGUUUUCUUUAUUUCCAUGGUAACAAAAUGUAUCUCUCUUGAUGUAGCCAUUGUAUUUUUGUUUUUUCCAUGGUAACAGAAUGUACAGUUGGAAUCUGAAGUUUACAUACACUUAGGUUGGAGUCAUUAAAACUUGUUUUUCAACCCA